AUGGAACUCUUUGAAACCAGUCCUUAUUUUUUCCAAGACCAAAGAUUUUAUGACAAUGAAAAUUAUUUUUCUGCACGACUCCCCACAUAUGAUCAAACUGGAUUUCAAGAGCGUGGAUCAAUAGGACUUUGUACUGAAGGGGUUUUACUGCAAGAGUCGGGCAUUGAAGAGAAGGUCUCACCCCAUUCCACUAUAAGCCAGCAAGACCACUGUCCUGGUCAGUGCCUACCAUGGGCCUGCAAGAUGUGCAAGCGUAAGACAGUGUCAUUGGAUAGAAGACGAGCAGCUACCCUGAGGGAGAAACGCAGGCUAAAGAAAGUCAAUGAAGCCUUUGAAGCCUUAAAAAGAAGCACUUUGUUAAACCCAAAUCAGAGACUCCCCAAAGUUGAGAUCUUGAGGAGUGCCAUUCAGUAUAUAGAACGACUGCAAGCUCUGCUGGCUUCUCUUAACCAGCAAGAGAGGGACCAAAGAGAUUUGCUCUACAUCAGUAAUGGAUCACAAAGAGUAGUAUCAAGUGAAUGCGGGUCAAGUUCCUCUUCUUGCAGCCCAGAAUGGAAUGAGUCUGAUUUUAGCAGUAGCCAAAGUGAUCAUCUCUUGAGCGAUGUCUCUUCUGAGCAACGGGACAUAACCUCAUUGACUUCCAUUGUUGACAGCAUCACAGCUGGAGAAGUGUCUAUAAAUUACCCAGAACAACAUAUCGGGAACUAGACAUCAUCAACAUAUAUUUUGUGUCCUUCUUUGAAAGUUAUUACAAGAGCAGGAGUCUGUGGAUUUAUUUUCUUAUUCUACUAUUAUAUAAACAUGACGAUGAAACAAAAUCACAGAUUAAAUGAAUUUAGAUUGGUGGGUACAGUGACUAUUGGGGGACAUAAAAAUAAAAUUCGAAUUAUUUUAUUGCUACUUCACUUGUCCAACCCAGCCCUUUACAGUAGGCAACUCCUCUUGUAAACCAUAAUAAUGAAUAAAACAGACUAUUGGUCCUUUUGGCGGGCAACUUUAAUUUUGUCUUAUUACUGCUACACAUAUAUUGUGAUGUAGUUUGCACUUGCUCCCUAAGAGCAUGUUAAAGUUUUGAAAAAAGUAAUGUGCUCUGUCACGAAAUAACAGAAACUCCCAAAAUUUUAAGAUGGCUGCAAUGUGCACUGACCUUCCACUAGGGGUGCAGCCAGACUUCCAAGCCAAUAAGGCUCUAUGUCUUUGUUUGGCAUUUCCCUUAAGAGAAUUUCCCAAAGUAUAUUCCAACAUGCACCAAACAUACGCCAUUUUAUGCUUUUACGCUAAAAGAAAUAUAUGUAGUCUAUAUGGUGCUAAAAAAAAAACUCUAGAAUGAUGUAGACUUACAGUGAAUGUAUUAAAACAGAAAAAAAAGGGUCUACUUUUUCCCCCAAAAAGCACCACUUUUCUCCAAAGGUUGUGUCUGGUAUUGCAACUCCAAUUUACUAAGAUAAAUUAGAAUAUACUGUAUUACCAAGCACAGCCACUGGACAACAGUGGUAGCCUUGGAAAAAAAAAAAAAAUUUCUCAUCUGUAAUCUCCUUAAAAGAGAGGGUUAGAAAGUGAUUGUUAGAUUAAAAUUAGGACUUUUAAGAUUACACAUUUUUUCUGGAGAAAACAUGAUUUCAUUGAAAAGAAAAAAAACACUUUUUUAUGCUUUCUAAAAGCACAUGUGGGUUGGACAACUUUGUUUAAUAAGAAUUCAAAUUAAUGAUUAUUUAAUGAAUGACUAUCCCUUUUUGGGUCAUAUUUAAAGAACCGGCCUGUAACACUGCCUCGAAAAGGCAAAUUAUUUAAUUAAAUUAUUAAAUUAAAAUAUAAUUACACCUAAUUAAUUUAAAAUACAAAGAGAUCAUUUAAGUUAAUAUAAAAACCAAUCCAGGUUAUAUUUAUUAAUAAUAAAGUAAAAACACCAAGAGACAGUUCGUGAUUUGGACAAUUGAGAGAAAUACUUCUGAUGAAUUCCAUCUUUUAGUACAAGAAUGUUUUGUAAUAUAUAUUUUCGUAGUCGUUUUUAUUAAAGGGUGUGCUGUUCUGCAGAAAUAUACAUUUUUUUAUGUUCGGUGGGGCCAAUUUUUUUAAGAUUGAUUUUAAUGUGGUUUGACCAAUUUAAAUGUAACAUGAUUUGACAAGUUUUUUUUAUUA